AUGAUAAUUUUUCUAAUCCCAUCAAACACUUCAACAAUGCUUCUUUCAUUUGUCUCAUUUUUUAUUCAAGUUCGAAUUGUGAAUAAUGUCAAAAGUACUGCAGUUAUGGGUUUAGGGUAUUGCAAACAUUUUGGAGCCGAGGUCUGUUUUCACACCUAUAAUCUCUUGCUGGUGAGUUUUAUUAAAUAUGUUUUGAACAAUUUUUCAACUAGAUAAUCGCAACAACAGUUUGCGCAAUAAACGCCCAUACAAUAUUCUACCGUAUGAUUUCGCUGAAAGACCAAAACCGCUCUGUUGUCAAGAAGAAAACUCUUAUAUUUUUCUAUCAUUAUUCAAUUCCACUUGGUGUUUUUGUAAGUAACAUUGCCUAAUUGCUAGUUACUUGAAUUAUGUAUAAUUUUAUUCUGAAAAAAAAGAGGUAACAAUUUUCAGAUUUUCACGUACAUCCCGAAAAUGGAUAUGAUCUCAGUCUACAACGAAACAGUUACACAACAUCCAGAAUAUUAUUUCGAGCCAUUCGGCAUCUUCGGAGGCUAUGCAGAUUCUCACAAUAUUUAUCAAACAUUGAACACAUUAAUUCUAGCCGCUCUAACUCUUUCAGUCCCAAUUUUUGGAAUUUAUUGUAGAAAAAAGACCAUCAAAGUGCUAAAUACGAGUAGAAAUGCGUUAUCAGCAAAAACUGUUGAACAAUUCAAAACAUUUAUAAUGGGUUUGACACUACAAAUCCUUUUCCCAUCAAUUUGCUACGUGUCAGUCGGUUCCCUCUACAUUUUCAACAAAUAUAGUGGUUUUGAGCCUCUUCUAAUAACCCAAUAUCUAGUUGGAAUAUUUCUAACCCUUCCAUCUGUUCUAGAUCCAAUGUGCACUAUAUAUUUCACUGUGCCAUAUCGGAAGGCUGUCAGAAAAAUUAUAUUCGAUCGGGAACAAUCGUCAGUUAUUGGGAUGAUUGUCCCACACGCAAUGUUUCAGAAUUUAUGA